GCUUCACGAAGAAAGGAAACUCACGGCAGCUGAUCGAUGUAAACUUCCGGUGUAGUCUUUAGAGAACGGAGAUGGAUCAAAGAUAUAUGGAACCCAGCUUAACAUGUGAUUGUACAAUCAGAAACUAGCUGUAAUGGAUGCAAGCAAAUGGCCAAUUUUCAGCAUCCUGGACACAGCUGAACUGCUGAAAGUGAAAAAGAUCUGUGUGUUCGGAAGCUCUGGCAAUGAAGCUAUUUAUAUCAAUGACGAUGACGAGGUGUUUGCCCUUGGAUCUAACUGUAGUGCCUGUCUAGGACUUGGUGAUGCUGGUAGCAGUUUUGAGCCAAAGAAGAUAGAAGUUUUGUGUAAGAAGAAAGUGAUUGAUAUAGCAUUUGGAAGUGGACCCCAUGUUUUGGCCGUUACUGCUGCUGGUGAAGUCUACAGCUGGGGUCACAAUGGUUACUGUCAGUUGGGGAAUGGAGGAUCUAUGCAAGGAUUAAUUCCCUUCCUUGUCAGUACCAACCUCCAGGGAAAGAAGGUCACCAAGGUCGCUUGUGGCAGUCACCAUUCUGUUGCCCUCACACAGGAAGGGGAGAUUUACGCAUGGGGCCAGAACAACUGUGGACAAGUAGGGUCUGGUACUACGACUAACCAGCCAACACCUAGGAAGGUUAUGGCUGUCAUAGGAACAAAGAUUGUGACGUCCAUUGCCUGUGGUCAGACAUCGACUAUGGCUCUGAUGGAUAGUGGUGAGAUGUUUGGUUGGGGGUACAAUGGAAAUGGUCAACUUGGACUGGGCAACAAUGUCAACCAGCCGAAUCCCUGUAAGGUACAAGGUCUGCAGGGCAUCAUCAUCUCACAGGUGGUUUGUGGGUACGCCCACACGCUGGCUUUGUCAGAUGAAGGUACCCUGUACACAUGGGGAGCAAACUCGUACGGACAACUGGGUACUGGUAACAAGGCCAACCAGGUGGCACCGACAAAGGUGGAAACUGAUGGGGAAAGGAUGGUGGAGGUUGCAGCGAGCCACUAUGCCCACGUUUCAGCAUCACUGACAGAGAAUGGGAACGUGUAUAUGUGGGGUCAGUGUCGUGGUCAGUCCAUCACAUCAGCCAUUAGCACAAAGUUCCAUUGUACUGAUGAUGUUCUGGCAGCGUUCGCGUCGCCUCCUGUCACCUGGAGAAUGUACUGCGUGGAUCAAAUGAGAGGGAGCAAGAUUUCAGAGAAUGUCUCUAAGAGCUUUGAUGAUCCGUCUACAUCUGACAUGAAGUUUAUUGUGGAAGGAAAAACUAUCCAUGUCCAUAAAGCCAUUCUGAAAAUAAGGUGUGAACAUUUUAAAACCAUGUUCCAGUCUUGCUGGGAGGAGGAUGACAAAGAUAACAUAGAGAUCAGCCAGUUUAGUUACAUAGUGUAUCGGGCCUUCCUCAGAUACCUCUACACGGAUGUGGUGGACCUUAAGCCAGAGGAAGCAAUAGGUUUGCUGGACCUUUCGAACUCCUACUGUGAAUGUUUACUGAAGAAACACUGUGAGAAAAUUAUAAAGAAGGGAAUCAACGUGGAGAAUGUGGCCAUGUUGUACGCUGCUGCCAUCAAAUUUGAGGCAAAGGAGCUGGAAGAGUUCUGUUUCCGUUUUGCCCUGAACCACAUGACGGUAGUAACUCAAACUGAGGCUUUUGGUAAUUUGGAUGAAGCUGUCGUCAAGGCAUUUAUACGUAAAGCUGCUUCAUGUGGGGCCUUCAGAUACUGAAACACUUAAAGCACCAAAAACAUUUCAGGCAUACUGAAAUGGACCAAACUGAUAGAUUUUGUCUUUGUUUUAAUUACACAAAUAUUAUUGUAAUCUAUGCUGAUUAUGUUUAGCCAGAGUGGCCAUGUUUGUGUCAAUAACAAUGUGAUAACAAACAUUUCACAAAGUGAUAUCUGCAGUAGGUCUUCCUCUUGUCGAGUUAAAAGACUUUGCCUAUUAUAUUACUACAAUGUCAUCUUUCAUGAUUUUUUGUCAUUGAGACAUUUUUGUUUCAUAUUCAUAUCCGUGUUUAUAUAAUGAUUGGACAACACAUUCCUGAUAACAGUUGUGGAUUUACAUGCAAACAGUCUCUCUAUUUUUUUUUAUUUUUUUUUAAUAAAAUACAAAAUUAAUUGAAAACAAAACCUCCUUGACUAUUAUUCGAUAAGUAAAAAAGUGUUUAGAAGAAAAGGCAUCACUUUUAACAUAAAUUACCAUUCUGGGUACCUUCCUUUUACCUAGCUUUUCCAAUUUAACAUCCAGAUUUUAAGCACUCUUUACUUAAACAGUUGAGAGAUGACAAUUUUAAUGCUCUCUAAAUUAAUAUUUUUGCAGAUUGCUUAAUUUUAGUGUGGUUCCAAAAAUUACUUUUCCCUCUGGUAUGGACACCAAAAUCAGAGUUUGAAUAAGACUUUUUAUGUUAAAGGCAAUUAUCAUCUGCUUCAUGUGAUGUUUGGUAGAAGUUUUAAAUAUUGUUUGUAAUUAAAAACGAUCAUGAUAGUAAACAGAUAGUGUAUGUAUUUAAAUACCAUUAUAUGAUACGUGUAUCGAUCACAACAGCAGUCCAAGUGGUAACAUUUUAGACUUUUAUUACUUUGUCGACCGGUUUCGCCUUAUGUCGGCUUCAUCAGGAUAAAUUCUUACAAAUAUUUUUACCCUAUUGUACAUUAAAUGCGGCUCCUGUAUGAGUCUAACAUGAAGAAUGUUGUCAUAAUCACAUACUAUUUUUAGACUCAUACCGGAGCCGCAUUUAAUGUACAAUAGGGUAAAAAUAUAUGUAAGAAUUUGUCCCGAUGAAGCCGACAUAAGGCGAAACCGGUCGACGAAGUAAUAAAAGUCUAAAAAGUUACCACUUCGACUGCUGUUGUGAUCGACACACGUAUCGUAUUUCUCCUAUUGCUCGAUCACCCUGCAUACCAUUGGGUAUCCAGUGGAGAAGUGGAGGACCCUCUAUCCAUCCUACGAAAAGCAUGGUGUUGGCUCUAUUACCUGCUUCCUUCUAUAUAAAUACUCUAUGUAUCAUAUCAACCAUUCCAUAUCAAUGAAGUAAAUCUGGACAAAGCUUUCCCUCAAACUCCCUCAAAUUCCCUCAGAUGGACGAGUUGUCAAGAGAAGCAUAUGGAUAUGUGAAUAGCUAUUGGUACUAUAAUUUUGCAUUUGUGUGAUUAUUUAUUUUGAGUCAGUGUGGAUUUUAUCAUAUUUUAAUGCUUACAGAUCCACAAGUACCAUCAUUUAAUGAGUUCUGUUGUUAAAACCAUAAAAUAAUUAAGUAUACCUAUUUCAUUAAUUAACUGUUCUAAUUCCCUCAAAAUGACUAUUGGUUAAGAUUUUGAUGGCACAGUUUUUAAAUAGAUAAGUAUGUCGGGUAUUACUACUCAAGUUUUUAACUACUGAGAUGGUUAUCAGGUUACCGUUGCUAUAUCAAGUCUUUUAUUUGAAAGGAACUCCGAUAUUCAGAAUGUGAUAAAUUGGUCUUUCCAAAUGUUGCUUAUUAAUUCCUAUUAUAACUUUAGAUAGAUAGGGAGAGUACAGCCAGGCAUGUGAUCCCAACAUUCCACUGUGGGUGUACAAAUCUGAAGGAUGUUUUAUGAAUAUUUAACUUACAUGGUAGUAUUAAUCAUGCAGGUGAUGAUAAAAGAUAAUCUGUCAAUAUAUAUUUGAAGGGUCCUUUUCAUUUAUCACGGUCCAAACGGUUUGACCAGAGUUGUUUGUUUAUGAAAUAAGGGGGGACCUGGUAAUAUUUUGCUGUUUUCAGACGAGCUUUGAAAAAAAAAUUCAAGGCCUGCAUCAACAUCUGCAAGUCUGUCAAGAUAUAUACCUGAAAUAUUACAGAUAAAACCGGACAAACUGGUUUGUCCACAUAAACAAACAGGUCCUAUGCGUCACUGGUGCUGGGUGAUAUUACAUAUCCAAUCCCGUGUGAUAUUUUCAGUUAUUCUUUUAGUCUAGAUAUUUUACUAAUAGCUUUAUUUUAUUCAUUUUGCUCACUGUAAAUUUUUGUUUUAUAUCAUAAUAAAUAUACCCCGACAUAUUUUACCAAUGUAUUAAAGAAAAAUAUCGAAUUAGUUGCCAUGCUGUCCUUUGUUUUCGCUCACAAUCCAAGUAAGUACAAGCUUACUACAUUUUAUUUAGUUAGAAUGAGAACAGAAUUUGUCAGUUCUAAUAACUUGAAUAUGACUUUAUCAUGCUUUUUGUUAUUAAUAGCUUUUUCUUUAUUUAACACAAAACCAUUGUAUGACUUUGUUUUUAAAUUAUGACAUUUUGACUAUGUUGUUUUAUUUUAUUGUUUCAAAUUUCAUGCAUUUAUUGAUAUCUAUUUUUUAUUAAUAUUUUUCACAAUUUAGUUUUUAAAUUUUAAAAUAAUAGUCAGAAAGAGUGAGUUCUAAGUUAAAACGGAAUAUGCAUUUUAUCAUUUCCUGGUGAUUGACUUUCAUGUUGUAAGCAUGUAUUAUAUAAUAUUAGUUUUGUGUGAUUUUAUGUGGAAGUCAUACUGGAAUAGAUAAGAUAUCCAGCAGAAUGAUACAGAUAUGUUUAAAGUGUAUUUGUCAUAGUUAAUUCAUGAAAUGUGAAGCUUGUUGAAGAUACAUUGCAUGUCUAUAGUGAAGCUCAUUAAAGAUACAUGGUAUGUCUAUAGAGAAGCUCAAUAAAGAUACAUUGUAUGUCUAUAGUGAAGCUCAUUAAAGAUACAUUGUGUGUAUAUAGUGAAGUUCAAUAAAGAUACAUUGUAUGUCUAAAGGGAAGCUCAUUGAAGUUACAUUGUAUAUCUUUAGUGAAGCUCAUUAAAGAUACAUUGUGUGUAUAUAGCAGUGAAGUUCAUUAAAGAUACAUUGUAUGUCUAUAGAGAAUCUCAAUAAAGAUACAUUGUAUGUCUAUAGAGAAGCUAAUUAAAGAUACAUUGUAUGUCUAUAGAGAAUCUCAAUAAAGAUACAUUGUAUGUCUAUAGAGAAGCUCAAUAAAGAUACAUUGUAUGUCUAUAGAGAAUCUCAAUAAAGAUACAUUAUAUGUCUAGAGAAGCUCAAUAAAGAUACAUUGUAUGUCUAAAGUGAAGCUCAUUGAAGUUACAUUGAAGCUCAUUAAAGAUACAUUGUAUGUUUAUAGUGAGACUCACUAAAGAUACAUUGUAUGUCUAUAUAGUGAAGCUCAUUGAAGAUAUAUUGUAUGUCUAUAGCGAAGCUCAUUUAAAAUAUACUGUAUGUCUUUUUUGAAGCUUGUUGAAGAUACAUUGUAUGUUUAUUGUGUAGUUGAAGCAUGAAUUGAAAUACAUUGUAUCAGACAUGUAUAUAACACAUGUCAUAUGUGAUAUAUGUCUCCGAUUGUAUACUCAUGAAAGUUUAAGCUCAUUGCAUAUAAUGAAUAAUAUAUGCAUGUACAUCAUGCAUUUAUAGCAGUUGAAGGAGGCUAGGAAUGCAUGUAUACCUGUACAAUGUAUCAAUUGAAGAUUUAAGCGUAAAAUUAUGCUAAGUAUAUGCACGGACUUAGAUGAUGUAAUUGUUGAGGUCCUAUGGCCUUUCAGCUGACGAUGAUGAUGUAAUAUAAGUCUGUGGUAUAUGUAUGUAAGAAUUGAAUGUACAACCUAUUAGACUGUGAAGUAUUUGAUUGUGGUACAUGUUUUUGAUAUUGUACGUUUACUGACAGUUUAUACUUUAAACUGUUAUCUAAAGUAUUCCCCAUAUAGUUCAUCCAUUGAAUGACAUAUGUUUGUGACUUCUAUGUGGGAAAGAUGUUCAAUUGUUCAGUUUAAGACGAUGGGUGCUUUAUAUCAUAUUCAUUGUGUCUCAACGAAGGACAAUCUGACUGUUUCAGUAUGAAUGGAGGUUUGUUUUUGAAAAAAAAAACAAUGGUCGGUUUAAAAAAUCUCUUUAAUUGUACAGAACAUGUGUAGAAAACAAUUUGAAAGCAGUUUUAUUUGUUGUUAACCUGUUAAUUCUCGUGUGUGUUCAUAACUUAUUGCCACGUGAAGUGGAACCAUAAAAUGGUCAAUAGAGCCAAAAGUGUGUGACGUUAUUAAAUAUGUUAAUCUCAUGAA